GAACGAAUUGGUGAUUUGGAUGUCAGUGUAUGUGUCAAAUUUUUCUUUGAGCUGACAAGAUUUUUAUAAAUAAUGGACUCCCAUCCAUCUAAAUCGGACAUAGAAGCGGUGUUUAAUAGGUUAAGAACAAUACCCGCCAACAAGACAUGUUUCGAUUGCAAUGCAAAAAAUCCAUCCUGGUCCAGUGUAACCUAUGGAAUUUUUAUAUGCCUAGACUGUUCAGCAGUCCAUCGAAGUUUGGGGGUACAUUUAACAUUUGUAAGGUCCACACAGUUGGAUACUAAUUGGACAUGGGUUCAGUUGAGACAGAUGCAAUUAGGAGGAAAUAGCAAUGCUUUGCAAUUCUUCCAACAACACAAUUGUGUUACUACAGAUGCACAGAAGAAAUAUAAUUCUCGGGCUGCACAGUUGUACCGAGAAAAACUGCACCAAGCUGCUGUCAGUUCUUUGAAAAAUAACAAGGAGCUUCAUAUUCAUCCAAUUGAAGACAAGAAUGACAAUACAGAAAAGGAGGUAGAUUUCUUCUCUGAACAUGAAAAUUUUACUUCAACUGAAGUUCCUGAUUUGCCAGAGCAGCACUUAAGCAAGAAUACUGUUACUUCAUCAAACCCUGGUGAGGGACCAAAGGUUGACUUUUCACAGUCUGCAGAACCUAGAAAAUCAACAAUCACAGCAAGGAAAGCUCCUGCUAAAAAGUCUGGUUUGGGCGCCAAGAAAACUGGUCUGGGUGCUACAAAAGUGAAGACGAAUUUCGCUGAUUUGGAACGUGAGGCCGAACUGGCUGAACAAUCACGUCUCCGAGCCAUUGAAGAAACGGCCAAAGCAGCUGCCCUUUCAGCCAAGGAGCAAGAGGAGAGGGACGCCGCUGUCAGACUAGCAUAUAAAGAUUUAGGCAAGGAAGUACAAAAGAAGGAGGAACAAGUCCGUAAGCAGGAUCCACGCAAGGCGGAACAGGUCGAGCGACUCGGAAUGGGAAUCGGAUCUAGAACGGGUGUAUCACAUUCGGCAGUCAGCGAUAUGCAGGUGAUAGAACAAGAAAAUCAACAGUCACAACCAUCAACUCUUAGUUCCCUGGGGAAAUUACGGAUAUCAGAUAAUGACAGUUUCUUUGACGAUUAUUCGUCGUUUUCGAUGUCCUACGAUCGCAUGUACAGAAACAGUCCAUCGUCCACAAGCAGCGGUUAUGCUAGUGCAAAAGCUGAUCUACUGGCUGAAGCAAGUAAUAACUCAGCCAGAGGCACAGAUAGCUGGGUCAUCGUGGAUGAUACACCAGAGAAACCCAAACCUAGUUUUAGUUCUUAUGAUAAACCAAGAGUGGUUGACAAAUCUCCCGGAGGUGGAGAUGAGGCACAAAAGAAAUUUGGUAACGCGAAAGCCAUCUCGUCUGAUCAAUUCUUUAAUAAUCAGGAAACUGAUUAUGAAACAAAAGCAAACCUUAAUAGAUUCCAAGGAUCUUCCAGUAUUUCAUCUGCAGACUUUUUCGGAAAUGGAAGUGAAAUGCCUCGUAAUAAUUAUGGAAGCAACUUACAACAAUAUGAUUUGGAUGAUGUAAAAGAAAGUGUGCGACAAGGUGUAACGAAAGUAGCAGGAAAAAUUGGUUCCUUAGCUAAUGGUUUCAUGUCUUCACUACAGGAUCGCUAUGGUUAUUAGCAUUGACAAAAUUGUUUAAAAUAUAUUACUAAUUGCUUGGCACAUUUGUGAUUCAUAAAUUUGUUAAAACUAGGUCAUUUAGUAAAUUUUAUGAAAAAUG